AUGCGCUUCAACGUCAUCUCCGUCGCCGUGACCGCCCUGGCCUUCUUCUCGCAACAAGCCUUAGCACAAGAGGCUUGCCAGAGCACGGCAGACUGCAUCCAAAACUGCGGUGGCUUUGCGGACAAGUUGUGCCGUCUCCCUGGCAAUAUCUGCGAGUGUGUUCCGUACUAG